UUUUACUCAAAAAAAUUAUUUUCUAUGAAUGUGUUUUGUCUAUUUUGUACGUAAGUUUGAGAGAGUAAACAAAAAGUACGUCCACACCUUCUUGGCUCUCAAUAGUACAGCGUUAUAUUAUUUAUUUAAUUGGAAAUUUGUAAGUAUCUAAUUAAUUAUAAUAAUUUUAGGAACAUUCUAACAGUUCAUAAAAUGAAUGUCUAAUUGAAUAUUGAUUGUGUAGUAAUUACACUUAUAGGUUACAUAAUACUUGUGUACUAUUAUUAUAGCCUACAGAUCAGUGUUUCUCAACCGGUGUUCUGCUGUUCUGCAAUCCACUAGUGUACCGCGAACUGUCUGUAGGUGUGCCGCGAUUGUGGUACACGUGUAUAGUAUUAUUGGGUACCUAUAAAAAAUAUAAAUUUCCCAGCAUUUAAUUUUCGUUAAUCAAUAACGAUUAUCGUUUGGCGGCCAAGUAAAAUAUUACGAACAAUAUGAACAACUAUAAGUCAACUACAGUCGUUAAACGAGUAUAACAAGUAACGGCAAUGUUUUUUAAUUGUCGUGGCUUAGUAUAUAGAGUUGCUCCGCGAUAAAAGCAAAUUUUGUCAUCAAAUUGAAUGUUUGAUAUCGUCAAUCGAUCAAAUAAAUAACGAUCCGGUGAUCAAAGAACGCCUUGAUAAACUUAAGAACUCUAUUGAAAACUGUAUGGAAAAUUCUGGACGAGUUUAUAUUUUUGGUUCUCGUAUGUAUGGCAUUGCGAAUGAUGAUAGUGAUGUAGAUUUGUAUUUUGAUGCUGGUGAUUGUUUUUCAGGAAAAAUCGCAGAUGAUUAUACACGGCAACUACAACUUCUUAAUUUAUUUGUUAAAGCCAUGAAUAAAGAAUUUAUUGGAUUGAAAAUUAUUGCAGAAACGCGAGUACCAAUUGUGCGCUUUACUCACAAUCCUACAAAUUUAAAUUGUGAUUUGCAUUUCCGAAGUGGUCUAUCUGUGCUUAACUCAGAACUUAUCAAGUAUUAUAAUUAUGAAUUUUAUUUAACCAUGGAUGAAAGAGUCCGUUGGGUAGUCAUCGCAGUAAAACAUUGGGCUGUUUCUUUGAAACUCUUAUCUGAUAAUUUUUCAACUUAUUCCCUAAUUUGGCUAGUGUUAUACUUCAUGAUGCAAUACAAAGUUGUUCCACCCAUUAUAGAAUUAUGGAGAAUACAUCACAGACAUGUACCAAAUUAUAUUGAAGGUUGGGAUACACGUAUUUGUUUUAAUAACGAUCAAUUAAAAUUAAAAAUGUGCUCCAAAUCAAAUCUUUCAAAAUGGGAAUUACUUCGUAAUUUUUUUCAAUUUUACUCAGACUCAAUCACAUUACGAAAUUAUGUGCUGUGUACAGUAUUCGGUGAAUUACUUCCAAAAAAAACAUUUUACUCAACAUUUAUAACUAAAGUUCAUGCCACGGGUAAUUAUCAAUGUCAAACUGAGAAAUUUGAAAAGAGUGAAACGUUGAUAAACACUAAUUUUGGCAGUUUCAACAGAAUCGAACUACAGAACCCAUUGAAAUUAUGUAACAAUGUUAUUCCUUGGCUCAGUGAUAAAAAUAUGAAUUUAUUUAUAGAUUUGUGUACGAAAUCUUGCAACGCCAUGUGAAACAUUAAUAAAUUGUUUAAUCUCAUAAUAUGAUAAAUGAUAAUAAGACAUUAAGUCAAAGUCCAUCAUACCUAAUUAUAAUAUUAAAUAUAUAAUUAUUUAAAUUCAACAAAAUUCUUAU